AUGACAGCUUCUCUGGCAAUAGCGAUCUCGUGUCUUGCAGCGGUAGCUGCACUAUCAGUCCCAGCACUCUAUCAGUGCCUAGAACGAGUGCGAGCGAGAAAAGAUCACUACUCAGAACUGCCAGGCCUCUACGAGGAUGAAGAUGGAACAGCUACUGAGGAGUCUCAAGAAGCAUACUCGGAUUUCCUCCCACGCAUAAUUUUAAUCUUAACCUCAGCAAUUGCCAGCGCCGACGCAUUAAUCGGCGCGGUCCUCACAACCUCACGGUCUCACACUUCGCUUUCCAUCGAACAAUGGCUUCAAUUUGCGACCUGGGUUUGCAUUUGCUUUCAAGCGAUCUCAAUCUUCACCACACUGUCUUCUGUGAAACGCUACGACCUGGGAAUUUGGACUGGAAUAUCGUCCCUACUCCAUUUCUUUGCAGUGGCCUUUGAGAACAUCUCGUUGUGGCAGUCACGUGUAAAUCCAUAUCCACGAAACGUUCAUCUUACUCUUUCAGUUAUUCAGCUCGCGGCUGGACUCAUUCUCACCCUUGCCAGCCUCUUGAUCCCGCGACGUCCUGAUGUUUACUGGAAUGGGCAUGUCGUUGACCGACAACAUACGACCUCUGUACUAAACAAGAUUUCUUUCACGUGGCCAGGGACUAUAUUGACAACUGCAGUCAAUAACAGGGGCCUGAAUUACGAUGAUCUGGCAGAAGUUGGCCAUGAAGCGCGCUCCCGAGAACUACGGCGCGAGUUUGAAGCUGUUGAGAAACAAGAUAAACUUUGGAAGACUCUCUUCUGGGCACGAAAAGGAAUCUUUCUCCAGCAAUGGGGUCUUCAGACAAUGACCUCAUUCACGCAGUUCCUGCCUCAAGUCGCUCUCUACGCUAUCCUCAAAGCCCUGGAACGUCGCGACGCAGGUGAUGAUGUUGCUCUACGCUCCUGGCUGCUCGUGAUUGGCCUGGGUGCUGCCGACAUAUUCUCUACCUGGCUAGAGGCAAGGGCGUUUUUCGUCAUAUUCCUGAAGAUUGGUGUACCGAUCUACGAACAAUUAUCGGCAGUUAUAUUCAGUAAAGCCAUUCGGCGAAAGGAUGUCAAAGGGGCAGGAAAGAAAAGGGAAGGAAAAGCCCCUGCAGAAAAUGGGGAAGUACCACCGAAUGGUGAAGUUAAUGAUGAUGCAGAUGCAGAUCCAAACGACGAGUCCGGUUUGUCCGAAGAGGACGCCGAAGAAGACUUUCAGAAGUCAAGGCAAAGCACCAUCAAUCUCGUCGGAGUUGACUCCAAGCGUAUUGCUGACUUCGCAUCUUUCAACGACAUCUUUCUCGGCUCUGCUAUCAAGAUGGUCCUUGCCUGUGGUUUCCUGCUCAAAUUGAUCGGACCAAUCCCGCUGUUGACAGGGCUGGCGCCAUCUCUUGCAAUCACUCCCCUGAACGCAAUUACCGCGAAACGUUAUGCGGCUGCACAGGAUGAUCUUAUGAAGUAUCGCGAUCAGAAGAUGGCUGUUGUCACUGAAGCACUUCAAGGCAUACGCCAAAUCAAGUUCAGUGCCCUCGAGCGCAACUGGCACGAUAAGAUCCUGCGAUCUCGAAAACGAGAGCUGGAUACACAAUGGCAGGUCUUUAGAUAUGACACGAUGUUGAUCAGCAUCUGGAUAUUUGGACCUGUCACUUUGUCUGCAAUUUCUUUAGCUGUUUAUGCACUCAUUCACAAGGAACUGAGUGCAUCUGUGGCAUUCACAACAAUUUCAGUGUUUGAACAAAUUGAGAUGACUUUGGCCGUCGUUCCUGAGAUGGUCACUGAUCUUCUGGAUGCCAUCAUUUCGGCAAACCGGAUACAGGAUUAUCUUGAUGCGCCUGAGAGGACGGAAUAUGCUCAGCCUGGCGAUACUAUCUCCUUUCAGAAUACAACUAUAGCAUGGCCAGCCGAUGACAUAGAGCAAGAGGAAGCUCAAUUUAGAUUGAAAAACUUGGACAUCGACUUCCCAAAGAAAGAAUUGAGUGUUGUUUCAGGCCGGACAGGCUCUGGAAAAAGCUUGCUUCUUGCUUCAAUCAUCGGUGAAGCGGAAGUGCUGGAUGGAGUUCUGACAGUACCCAAGGCACCAUUGGCCGAAGACCGCUAUGACUCUGCUGCCAAUAAGGGCAAUUGGUGUAUUGAAUCUUCUAUCGCCUUUGUUGCUCAGAUUCCUUGGAUUGAGAAUGCGACAAUUCGCGACAACAUACUUUUCGGUCUUCCACUUGACAACACUCGAUACCGAAAAGUGCUCAAGGCAUGUGCACUUACCAAAGACUUGGAAAUGCUCGAAGAUGGGGAGCUAACAGAUAUUGGUGCUAAUGGGAUCAAUCUCAGCGGUGGCCAGAAGUGGCGUGUUUCCUUUGCAAGGGCCCUGUACUCCAGAGCAGGGAUUUUGAUUCUUGACGAUAUCUUCUCCGCAGUUGAUGCUCAUGUUGGUCGACAAUUGUUCGAGGAGGCCCUGACAGGAGAGCUUGGGGAAGGGCGAACUAGAAUUCUUGUGACGCAUCAUGUUGCCCUUUGUCUAUCAAGGACGAAAUAUAGUGUCCUUCUGUCGGAUGGCACUGUCGAAGUGGCAGGGAGGACGGAGGAGCUCAGGAAGAACGGAAAACUAAAACUCAUCCUUGCCCAAGAUAUUGAGGAUCAGCAGAAGCAGGAGGAAGUCGAAGCAGAAAAAGAAAACGCUCUCAUUGUUGAUGAUGGUGGAGGACUACAAAAACUCCUUACGAACCAGUCUCGUCGGUCCAGGAGGAGGUCCACCACCAGUGAAUUUGAUCGAAAUCUAAGUCGUCGUCGAUCCCAUGCCACCCUCGAUGACCAAAAACCUAGGGAUGCACCGAAGAAAUUCACCGAGGAUGAGCAACGUGAGACGGGUGCGAUCAAAUACAACAUCUACAAAUCGUACAUCAAAGCGUGUGGGGGCUACAGCUAUUGGCUUUUUGUCCUGAUGGUAUUCUUAUCAUGGGUUGCUGUCUUCCUGGGUCGAUCGUAUUGGAUAAGUAUAUGGACGAGGUCGUACGAGACCGAGUCUGUUUUCCAGAAUCGCCUCGUCCAGCAGUCCUUGGGUGCACUUCGAAACGUGCAGUCAAGGCUCGAGGCCACACAAAUCGAUCCCAAUCUGAGAUACUACUUGGGUGUCUACGUUGCAAUUUCCCUUUCCGCAUGGGUCAUUGGCACGAUUCGGUACCUCUUUGUCUUUUUAGGUUCCAUUCAAGCGUCCAGGGUUCUUUUUGAGAACCUGGCAUUCGCGAUCCUCCGUGCACCACUCCGCUUUUUGGAUACUGUGCCCCAAGGGCGCAUUCUUAAUCGAUUCACUGCCGAUUUCAACAUGCUGGACUCACGAAUUUCCAUGGAUCUGGCUUUUAUGCUGCACAACUUUAUGUUUGUUCUCUCAAUCAUCAUCGCAGGCCUCCUCGUUUCCGGUUUCAUGAUAUUCUUCGUCCUCGCGCUCAUCCUAGUUUGCGCUUACUACGCUUCCCGCUAUCUAGCAGGUGCAAGGGAAGUGAAGCGACUGGAAAGCAAUGCCAAAUCACCAGUGUUUGAGCAAUUUGGUUCUGUGCUCAUGGGCAUCGGGACGAUUCGUGCUUUCGACAAAUCACAGGACUAUCUCGAGAGAAUGUACAAGAAAAUCGAUACUCAUUGUCGAGCAUAUUGGCAUCUCUGGCUUUUUAAUCGCUGGAUGGGGUGGCGUUUGAACAUGUUAGGUGCCUUCUUUGUAACGAUUACUGCGGCUUUGAUUGUGAGCAUUACGAGUAUCGACUCUUCACUCGCAGGAUUUGCCCUGAGUUUUUCGCUCGGCAUGUCAGAAGGUGUUAUUUGGUUUCUCCGGCAGUAUUCGAAUGUUGAGUUGGACAUGAAUGCAACAGAACGAAUUGUUGAAUACAGUAACAUUACAAUCGAAGACCAAGGUGGCCACGAUGCACCCGCCGCGUGGCCAACAGAAGGGAAACUUGAAGUGGAGGACUUAGUUGUCGGAUAUGCGCCAGACCUUCCACCUGUGCUCAAAGGAUUGACGUUCAGCGUGGCACGGAAUCAACGUAUCGGCGUUGUGGGACGUACAGGAGCAGGUAAAUCCUCGCUGACACUGUCACUUUUCCGCUUCCUGGAAGCCCGCUCGGGAAGCAUUCUGAUUGAUGGAGUGGACAUCUCUAAGAUCAAGCUUUACGACCUUCGAUCUCGACUGGCCAUCAUUCCUCAAGAUCCCGUCCUUUUCUCAGGCACCGUCCGAAGCAAUCUAGAUGCAUUUGACGAGCACACAGACUCCGAACUCCGCGAAGCUCUCGCGCGGGUGCACCUCAUCUCCUCCACAACCACCUCGUCCGUUCAUGCCAGUGGACAGGCAACACCCACCAUCAACGGCGACGACCGCACACCAAAACACACGAACACCAACGUCUUCAAGUCGCUCAGCUCCCGCAUUUCCGAAGGCGGGCUCAACCUCUCGCAAGGCCAACGCCAACUCCUCUGCCUCGCACGCGCGAUCGUGUCACGGCCCAAGAUCAUGGUCCUGGAUGAAGCCACCUCGGCCGUAGACAUGGAGACUGACGCGCUCAUCCAGCGCUCCAUCCGCGAGGAAUUCACCAAUUCGACGCUGAUUGUGAUUGCGCAUCGACUCAGCACCAUCGCUGACUUCGACCGCAUUCUUGUUCUUGGCGAGGGCAAGGUCGUUGAGUUCGACACGCCGUCUGAUUUGAUGAAACGCGAAAAUGGUGUGUUUAGGGACAUGGUUGAGAAGAGUGGUGAGCGCUCGGAGUUGGAGAAGAUCAUUCAUGGGAUGGAGGGUGGUGAGGCGUCGGCUGCGUAA